AUGAAGACCCCGUCAACCCUCACACGUAUAAAUACGGACAUGCUCCAACUGCCGAAACUCAAACAUCCGAAGCUUCGACUGCUGCAAUUGUUCAGGAUGGCUACCGCAAUUCUCAAAGGGACAUUCGAGUCAUUCGAGCAUCAAAGAAAGGACGGAAAUGAGAAGCCAAGAAACAUGGGAGCUACGCGAAAACUCGACGUGAAGAUCACGAAUGCGGUUAACGUUUCUCCGGUGAGGGAAACUUUCGGCGGGCUCUACGCUCUCUCGAACCUCGACCAGACCUUCCCUUACUUGAUUGAGAUCAUUUUCGCCUUCAAAGGCGAAGGGAGGGGGAAGCGUUUCGCCACGAUGGAGACGAUCAGAGAGUCGCUGGCCAAGGCAUUGGUCGAGUUCUAUCCGUUCGCGGGCAGACUUGUCGUGGGGAGCGACGGGAAGAUGGCGGUGAGAUGCACAGGAGAAGGUGUCCCUUUCGUCGAGGCGAUGUCAGAAGAUGACAUCGGAGUGCUGGGCGACGUCAGCGCCAUUGAUCCCGCCACGCUGCGAAAACUCGUGAAGCACAGCGACGGAGCUCCAACCAUAUUGGAAGUACCUAUGCUGACGGUGCAGCUGACGACAUUCAAGUGCGGAGGGAUCAUCGUCGGCAUUGUCAUGAAUCACGUCCUCGUCGACGGCAAAGCCCUCACGGACUUCAUAGCUUGCUGGACCGACCUGGCUCGAGCCAGGCCACCAUCAGUUCUUCCCUUUCUCGAUCGAUCGGUGUUGUGCCCGAGGCGACCUCCGCAAAUUGAUUUCCCCCACCACGAGUAUGCUCCGAGAGAUCAGCGGUCCGAAGGCAUAGUCAACCCCCAAACAAAGCCCCUUGUUUACAGAUCAUUCUGCUUCAAGCCACACACUCUCAUUCUACUCAAGAAAGUAUCAACAAUCACAGUCCACAAUGGCUCUUCCAUAGUCCCUACGACCUUCGAAGUCAUAUCGGCGCUCGCGUGGAUUUCGCGAACCAAAGCUCUCAGAAUCGGCCCUCAUGAGACAAUGAAGCUUCUCACUGCAGUCGACGGUCGGCCCAAGUUUGACCCCCCGUUGCCGAGUGGCUACUUCGGGAACGGCAUUGCUUUGUCCUGUGCUGAGUGCAGCGCGGGCGAACUGACCCACAAGCCCUUCUCGUUUGCUGUCCAGAAAGUGCACGAGGCGCUCCAAUCCGUCACCGAGAAUUACAUAAGGUCGGCCAUCGACCACGUCGAGCUGAACAGGGUCCUGGUCGAUUGCGGGGGCAACGCUUGCUGCAUCAGCAAGUGGAAUCGGCUCCCUUUCUACAACAUGGAUUUCGGGUUCGGGAGGCCGUUCCAGGUGGCGCCGGCGACGGUCCCCAAAAAUGUCAUCUUUGUUGCUUCCCACAGCAGGGGGAGCGACAACUUGAUUGUGUCUCUGGGCCUUCCUGGUGAUGCCAUGGAUGUUUUCACGAAGUUGAUUCAUGAGGUCACACUGAAGAGCGAGCUCUAGUCUCAUCCAUGGAUGUGAAUACAUGUGUAUGUUUUCGGAUGGCAUGUGGUGAAGUCUAUAGUUUUUGUGCCUCUAGUUUUAAGUAGGACCAACACGGUGGUGUUGGGCCGCUUGUGCCUGUUGUGUUAUUUGAUAGGACCCGGCUACCAUAACGGUGCCGUAAGAAUAAAACUCUGAUGGUGCAAUACUAGCCGCAAUAUUUAAUGGAGGAAA